CUCGACUAUUUCCAGAUUUUUGAAGAUUCUAGCCGCGGCCGUAUAAAAGUCUUAGGAACAUUUUUUUUUUAAAACUAAUCCUUUAAGGUAAGGUAUAAUCUUCAAAAUUUGAAUAAAGCCGAAUUUUUCGCCGUUUCAUCGAUUUUUGAGGUCUUUUCGAUUUUUCAAACUUGGAGGUCAAAAAUUUAGAUUUUUCGUUGGGCCAUCAUUUCAAGCUGGUCUAUAAAAAAUCAAAACUACCAAUUUGACGCAAAUUAGUCCAAUUUCAUAUUAAUUGUACCCAUUUUUUAAAGUAUCAUAAUAUUCGCCCUCAGAUCCUGGACAUGGUGUUAGCUCUGCGCGUGAACUCGCUCAACUGCGUUGGGUUCUGCUACGACAGUAGCGGCGCGGCCGUGUCGGGCGCGGCUGCGGUGCGGCUGCGGCCGUUAUGUUCCCCGCUGCUGCUGUGCGAGCCGCUCGCCACCCGCUCGCAGCCCGCGCCGGCCCAGCGCGACCUGCCGCCGGGCGCGUGCGUGGUGAACGGAGGGCGGGCAGCGCGCGCGCUGGUGACGGCGCUGACGCACGAGCGCAGCUGGGCGGUGCUGGCCCGCCUGCUGACCGCGCUGCCCCCGCUGCUGGGGGCGCGCGGCCUGGCCACCGGCCGCCGCCCGCACGACCUCGACCUGCUGGCCGCCACGCUCGCCACCAUGGUGCGUACCGCGCACGAGCGCAGCUGGGCGGUGCUGGCCCGCCUGCUGACCGCGCUGCCCCCGCUGCUGGGGGCGCGCGGCCUGGCCACCGGCCGCCGCCCGCACGACCUCGACCUGCUGGCCGCCACGCUCGCCACCAUGGUGCGUACCGCGCACGAGCGCAGCUGGGCGGUGCUGGCCCGCCUGCUGACCGCGCUGCCCCCGCUGCUGGGGGCGCGCGGCCUGGCCACCGGCCGCCGCCCGCACGACCUCGACCUGCUGGCCGCCACGCUCGCCACCAUGGUGCGUACCGCGCACGAGCGCAGCUGGGCGGUGCUGGCCCGCCUGCUGACCGCGCUGCCCCCGCUGCUGGGGGCGCGCGGCCUGGCCACCGGCCGCCGCCCGCACGACCUCGACCUGCUGGCCGCCACGCUCGCCACCAUGGUGCGUACCGCGCACGAGCGCAGCUGGGCGGUGCUGGCCCGCCUGCUGACCGCGCUGCCCCCGCUGCUGGGGGCGCGCGGCCUGGCCACCGGCCGCCGCCCGCACGACCUCGACCUGCUGGCCGCCACGCUCGCCACCAUGGUGACGGACCGCACGCUGUACUACACGGAGGCGCGGGGCAGCUCCCUGGGCGGCGCGGGCGGCGCGGGCGGGGCGGGCAACACGCGCCCGCCCCUCUCCGAGUUCCACGGACACGUGCUGCCCGCCCUGUGUGCCCUCGCGCCCUACCACCCCUCCCUCGAGCCCGCCACGCAGCAGCGGAUCGUGCGCUGCCUGCUCCGGCACGGCAUGGUGCUCCGCACCCCACAACCGUACAUUAACGCGCUGACCAUCUUCACGCUGGAGAUGCGCGAGACGAUGGUGCGGAUGCUGCCCGAGGUGCUGCUCGACCUCUCCAAGAUCUCCGACACCCAGGCCAUCGCCAGCCCCAUGCUCGAGUUCCUGUCCACCCUGACGCGUCUGCCGAUGGUGUUCGCGUCGUUCGUGGAGGACCAGUACAUGUCGGUGUUCGCGAUCCUGCUGCCGUACACCAACCCGUCGCGCUACAACCACUACGUGGUGUCGCUGGCGCACCACGUCAUCGCGGCCUGGUUCCUCAAGUGCCGCCUCUCCUACCGACGCAACUUCGUGCGGUUCAUCAUCCACGUCAGUAUUGAUCAUCAUCAUCAUCAGUACAUGUCGGUGUUCGCGAUCCUGCUGCCGUACACCAACCCGUCGCGCUACAACCACUACGUGGUGUCGCUGGCGCACCACGUCAUCGCGGCCUGGUUCCUCAAGUGCCGCCUCUCCUACCGACGCAACUUCGUGCGGUUCAUCAUCCACGUCAGUAUUGAUCAUCAUCAUCAUCAGUACAUGUCGGUGUUCGCGAUCCUGCUGCCGUACACCAACCCGUCGCGCUACAACCACUACGUGGUGUCGCUGGCGCACCACGUCAUCGCGGCCUGGUUCCUCAAGUGCCGCCUCUCCUACCGACGCAACUUCGUGCGGUUCAUCAUCCACGUCAGUAUUGAUCAUCAUCAUCAUCAGUACAUGUCGGUGUUCGCGAUCCUGCUGCCGUACACCAACCCGUCGCGCUACAACCACUACGUGGUGUCGCUGGCGCACCACGUCAUCGCGGCCUGGUUCCUCAAGUGCCGCCUCUCCUACCGACGCAACUUCGUGCGGUUCAUCAUCCACGGCCUCCACAACUACAUAAUCCUGCCGUUCGAGGAGCAGCUGCAGUACAAGUCGAACUACUUCCACGCCGCCUCCAGCAGCACCGCCGCUAACGAGGACUCCUCCAACCGACAGCGCAGCUCCAGUCUGGGUUCCAAAGCAGUAUCGCGAGUACCGAUGGGGCGGCAGUCGGCAGGGAGCAGUUCGGCGUCAGCGUCGGCAGCAUUCCACGUCGAGCUCACCGAGACCUGCGUGGAUCUGCUCGCGCGAUACUCUACCACCCCCGCCAGCGUCAAGCCGCAGAGGACUGAUCUGGCCGAGUUCCUGUUCACGGGCGGGCAGUCGAUGACGUGGCUGGUGGGGCACAAGCUCAUCACCAUCACCACCUCCGGCUGUCUGCAGAACUCCAUCAAGCAGGGGCUCUGCGACAGAUGCGCAGUGUUAUGCCGGCAACACGCUGACAGCGUGGCGGCUGCCUACCACGACAGCGAGGCCUCCACCUCGGGCGUGCAGGUGAGCGUGAGUGAGGACAGCGUCGCGGACAGCAGUCAGGCGUCCUCCGCCACGCCAGAGGUCCGACGACAAAACUCAUCAGAGAACAGUAAAGCGAGCGACCCGCUCACGGACGCGAUCAACCAGUUCACGCAGAGGUUCGACAGGAUCUCUAAAGAAGUUGACGGCGAGGAGGCGGGCUGGUCGCGCGUGGGCGCGCUGUCGGCGGCGGGGCAGUGUCCGUGCUGGUGCGGGCGCUGGGCCGAGGUGCUGGUGCGCGCGCCCACCGGGGACGCCGCCUUCACGCUGCGCGCCCAGCACCGCCCCGCCCUCGACCACGACCUCGCGCUGGCUGACCUCGCCGCCCUGCUGGCGCCCGACCGAGCCCCGCGCGGUCCCGGUCCCGAGGAGGAGGUGCGGUCCCGCAGCGGGUCCGCGUCGUCCGCGCCCCCCGCGCCGCCCGACCUGCACAAGUCCAGUUCCGACACAGUUGUGGCGAGCGAGAAGAAACCUCCACACGCGGCGACACACUGCAUAGUACCGCCGCAACCUCACAGAUCGAGCACGCAGCCCAUCAACAUCCCGGCGUCGCCGCAGCGACACGCCGCCAGCGCCGCGCUAGAAGAUGACAUGCUGCUCAUCGUGCCGGAGGGCAAGUCCCGUCACCCGGUGCGUCGCUCCAACUCGUCUCCGGAGAUGUCGUCGUCGUGGAAGACGGAGCCCCCGCCCCUCCCCAACCCCCACCCCCACCCCCACCCCCACCCCCAGCCCCUCCCCCUCCCGGCGGGGGCCGGCAACGCAGCGCCCGCCACCAACGUCGCCGCGCCGCCCCGCGACAUGAUCCACCUGCCCGGCACCGAACCCGCGAGUGCAUCAGCAUGCAUGCACGCGACAAAGAAGGCAGCUAAGAAGAGUGACAUGCGAGUAUCAUGCGAAGCGAUCCCGGAAGAAAUGUGCGGGACCUCCCCGCUCUCCCACCCACACCUCGUCACCUACAACUCCGACCCCGGCACCGUCGACGCGGAGGACGCCGCGGCCGACCAGGCGGCCGUACACCACCAGCUGCAAAAGACGGCGAGCGACAGCACUGUGACGAGCGGCGCUCACAGGCCGCCCUUACCGCGCUCGCCCGCCGUCCUGCAGGGGCCGGGGCUGGCUGCGGGGCCCGCGUGGCCCGCGUGGCCCCCCGGCCCCAGGGUGGGGGCGGGGCCCGCGGGGGAGAGGGACGACCUGCCGCCGCUGUCGCGCUCCAAGCGCAGCCACACCAUCUCCGUCAUGAGCCCCACCAGGAGGCACAGAGAGAAUCUCGGUCCCCGGAGCGCCGCGUCGUCCAACGUGUCGGGGACAGCGGGAAGCAGUACAUCCAGUAGUGGGGGCGGGGGUGGGGCCAGCAACCCCCUGGGGGGCGGCGCGUCGGGGGGAGGGGGAGGAGGGGGACUCACGCCCGCCUUCAUAUUCCUGCAGCUCUACCACAAUAUGAGCACGCAUCCCGUCAGCCCGCCCGUGCCAGGCGAGGCGCCGACAGCUCUGAACCCACUGGCGGAGCGGCCGCUGCGGGUGACCGGCGUGCAACACGAACGGACCAUCAAGAACCUCGACCUCGUGCCCCCGCUCGAGACAUACAAGGUGGGCGUCCUAUACGUGGGCCCCGGCCAGCAAGACAACGAAGUGUUAAUUCUGAAGAACGAGUACGGCAGCGUGAGGUACUCGGAGUUCCUGUCGGCGCUGGGCAGCCUGGUGCCUCUGGACGGGGAGGAGCAUCCCCAUCUGUUCCUCAACCUGGAGAAGGGCGGCAAGGACGGCGCCUACACAUACGUGUGGCACGAUGACGUCAUGCAGGUAUUGUUCCACGUGGCGACGGCGAUGCCUUCGUCGGCCAAGGACCCCACGUGCAACGAGAAGCGCAAGUACAUCGGCAACGACUACGUGUCUAUCGUCUACAACGAUUCGGGAGCUGAUUUCAACAUUCACACCAUCAAGGGUCAGUUCAACUUCUGCAUCGUGGUGGUGGAGCCGUACGAGCACGGCCUGAACCGCGUGUUCAUCAAGAGCAAGGACGAGCGGCUCCGGGGCAAGUUCCUGGCGCACCUCGACACGCAGGUCGUGGGCGACGGGGUGGUGGCGCUGCUGGCGCGACAACUGGCGCUGCACGCGGCCUUGGCGUCUCAGAUCUCUCAGUCGCUGCGCGUGGGGGGCGCCCCGUAUGCCUCCAACUCCCUGGAGCGGCUCCGCAUCAUCAAGCGCCUGCGCCGGCGCCUGCAGGACGAGCGCCUCUCCACCGCCGCCGUGGCGCCGCCCUACCACCCCGCCGCCACCGACCUGGCGCUCCGCGUCGCGCAGGACGACUUCAACGCCUACACAUUCUGACAGAUGUAGCUACACGAUAUGCAUGCUUCCACUGCAAUAUGCAAGCUAACCGAGCACACAUACGUUGUAUUCGUUUGAAGUGAAGAUGCAGACUUCUUUUUUUUAUUUUAUUAAUGUAUUGAUGAAAAAUGUUGCCUACUCUGUUUGUGGCUUAAAUUUACUUUUAGUCAAAUGUAGCAUUGGAACUGAGUAAUGUAAAGUUUAAUUUAAGAAUUUGUUGAAGUUAUAUAUAUGUUAAUCUGGAUCCAAGAAAGCCCUCACCACUCACACCACACUCAACUUUUGAACAAGCGGUUGAGCAUUUCUUGUUGAUAUAUUUAAUGUAGCAAUUUAUUUCCUGACAAAAGAUUUUGUAAUCAAUAAAUGAUGGCUAUUUAUUCAUUCUUAUUAUUUUACUCCUCCAUCGUAUCAUACAAAGUACACGACCAAUUUAUUUAGGAGAAUAAGUUCAAUAAUAUUUUAAAAACCACCAGUAUUUAAAAUACCCAUAUAAGAAAAUAGUCAAGUAUGAUAAGUUACCUAAUUUAUUUACACAAUAACAUUGAUGAUGUACAUAUCAAUAAACUAUUUAUUCUUUUUUCUGCUCUAAUUUUCUUCGCCAAACUUUUACUUUGCCACGAAGUUCCCGCAGUCGUUUCAUUUCCUCUUUGAAAUCUUGAUGCUCAUCACGGAAGAGGCCAUACUCGCGCAAUUUUAACAUGAGGGCAUGAGUUUCCACAUGACGUGGAUAGUAAUGUAUGAUCUCCUCGUUAGUAUGUAAUGGCCGUGAAGAAAAUAUCUUAACAACUUUCAUUGAUUUUGAGUUUGUAGGAAUGGCUACCUCUCCAAAAAUUCUAUUGGAUAAUCUUUUCAUACGACGGGCAUAGUUCGUCGAUGCAUUGAUUAACUGAGCAUAUUUGACAUAAUUAGUAGCCAUUUUUCGGCUGCAAAUAAAAAAAAUAUUACAUAUGUACUACCAAAACCAAUAUUUAGAUUUGAAGCAAUUAAAAUAAUAUUGAUUUCACACGAAUCUUUCAUAUGUACUUA